GUUCUAUUUUAUUAUUCAUAUAUCUUAAAGCUACUUGAAAAUAAUUUCAAUGGUUGUUCCUUAUGCCUUGCUUCCCGGAAUAUAGAAAUGUGAAGCGGUCAAUGAACAGCUGGCGCCUCCCUCGGCCACGCACCCGGACGGCACGCAUGGCGGCGCGUUCGAAAGGGUUGGCGCGAAACGGAGACGAAGUCGAUUCCCGGACGAACUUCUCUUCGCGAAAUCGCCCUGCAAGAAUGCGCCCCUGAGCCCGGACCUCGCCGCCUCGACCCCCGCAGCCACCAGCAGGCGAAGUAGGCCUACCUCCUUCCCUCUUUCCGUUUGGGUCCAUGAUCCUGCCGACGAGCGAGGGCGGGGGCGUUGGGCGCGUCGUCCCCCACCCGGCCUCGUCCUCCAAGGGCAAGGGCUCCCGCAGCUCGAGCGCCUUCCACGACGUGUCUCCCGAGGACAUCCUGAAGAACCUGGAGAAGGCGGGCGGCCCUAAAGACGCGAGGAAGGCGCGAUCGGGAGGCGGCGCCGGCGAAAGGCAGCCAGGGAACCAGCCGGCCACGGAGAGCCCUCUGGCGCUGGUCAAGGAGCUCGUGGACUCCUUCGGGCGGCCGCCGGAGGAGGACUUCUACAUCCGGGACAAGGCGCUGAUGGUGGCGCAGCAGGGCCGGCUCAAGAGGAUGGUUUAUUCGACGCUCUUAGCCCACAGGAAAGAUUAUGACCUGGAUUCGGAGAGCGGGGCCAACGACAACAAAGCCAAAAGGUCAAUCACAAAGGUCACGGAGGUCGAACAGCUGAUCUGGCUGACCUACGUGCUCCGGCAACAGCGGAGGUUCGACGAUGCAAACUCGCUCGAUGCUUGUUUGCAAACACUCAAGGAAGAGGCUCAGUCACCAAGGAGUCAAUUUAAGCGCCCCACUUUCUUGCCGACGGGCCCCCUGCACUAUGGAGAUACCUUCUUACACUCGGCAGAGCAUGGCCGUUUCUACAUGCACUUCCCAGCCGAGUUGUUUAGUCCCGCCUCCAUUGAGUUGAUGAAGGAGAGAACCCCUGUGUCUCCCAUGAGCGUUGAUUCCAUGCUGGGGCUUUGCAAUGCUCUCCCGGGCACUGGUGUGAGCCCUCUCCUGCUGCAGGAGAAUCAGUUUGAAGCUUUUGGCAAAGCUAUGGGUGCAAUGCUGCAAGAAAGGAGUGGUGAACUUACUCCAGAUGCUGUCCUCACCUUGCCAGAAUUACCAAGCAACCCCCAUGGGUACUGCUAUUUUGGUCAUGUGCCCAAAUCACUGCCCUCACCGUCUAGUAGUGCAGUUGGCAGUGAUGAGGGGUAUGCCUCGUCAAGAGCAAGUUCUCGUCACUGCCCAGAAGAGGAGAAGGGUGACAUCUGGGAGGCAGUGCUGGAAGGUCCUCCUCUGACCUCCCGGCGAACCUGGGAGAACCUCGGGCACCCAGCAACUACCAAAGAGAAAUUAUAUUUGACCGAAACAGGGACUGAGACCUCUCACAGGGUUUGGGUAGUGUACCAGCAGCUAUGGGGGAGCUUUGGAGCUGCUCACUAUGUGCCAAGUCUACAAGUCUGCUCUGAAGAGAAGCUGUGUCAAGAUUUGCUGCAUCUUAUGGUUGGCUUGCCGUCUCUGAAUUUCCCAUGGCAUCAGGAAACCAAGAGCUUCAGCAUCAGGGAGGGAUUGUGCUGUCCAGGCAUCACGCCAGAACCUCUCAGACUGUCACUUGUACAGUUUGUCGAAUGUGGCAGCUUUGUGCGGAGGCUUGAAACUGUGUGCACCCCUCCAGCCAUGUACACACGCCAAGUCCACAUCCAAGGUUUAGUGUUUCGUGCUUUCACUACUGCCGUUUCAAACUUCCUCCAGAUGUAUAGGGGCAUGGUUUUGUCACUUGUUGGUGGGAAGCACCUCUUGCAGCUUCAACAGAAGGCUCAAAAUCUAGUCAAGAAAGUCAAGUUUGUCGCUGAGUUGUGCCACAUCUCCCCCGUAUCAGAAACAAUUAAAACUUCAGGCAUGCGAGCUAGAACCAGUGGAAAGGUUGCUGGGCCUGAAAGUUCAGCAAACACCUCUCUCAAGAGCCACAACUCAAGCACAGUAUCACAGGUUCAGAUUUCCACAGGGAAGCUACCAAGGGGUCUGUCUCUCAUUGGGGAGCUGCAUAGUCGCUUGAUGGUGACAAAGGACCGUGAGUGUUCUCUCCUCCUGGUGUCCAUCUUGAAAGCGACAUGCGUACCCUUCUUCAGGUAUUUAGAAGAGUGGGUGUACGAGGGCUUGUGCUCCGAUCCAGGACUAGAAUUCAUGAUAGAUGUCGAUGGAAGGUCACUCCUCAAGCGGGACAGGAGUUACUGGACGCACGGCUACACCCUGCGUGAUCUGUCGGACGUGCCACCGUUCCUUCGCGAGGUCCUCCAAGAGGCUUAUACAUGUGGAAAGGCUCUUAACUUGUUGAAGCUUUGCUCACCUAAACAUCAUCUAGUCGCAGCUGGUGGAGUCAAGCAUCCAAGCUUUCAGUUAUGCAUCUCUAGCAAAGAAAUGGAAACAAUGAGGAGCCAGUGCGAGAACUAUGCCGCACACAUGGAAUAUUUAGCCGCCAGGAAUCAGGUCACAGCUCGGCAAAGAGAAGAACAACUGAGAGAGGAAAAGAAGCGACUUUUGGCCAUAUCUGCGAGGGAGCACGCAGCCGUUAUCAAGGAGAUUGAGAAGAGAAUGAAUGAUGUCCGCCAACUAGAGAUAGAGAGGAAAAGAGCCAGGUUUAAGGAACUCAAAGAAGAAGCACAAAAAGCUGAAGAAAGGAAGAUGGAAGAGAAGGCAAAGGAAUUGGAGUUGGAGAAGAAGAUUGCUUUGGAAGCCGAGGAAGUAGAGAAGGAGAAGAAACAGCGAGAGGAAAAGCUGAAAGCUGAAAUUGAAAUGUAUUAUCAAAAGCUGAUGCAGGCAGCAGAGCGUAGAGAGGUCCUUUCACAAUGGAAACUGCAACGCUGUCUCCUGAGCGAGUCCCGGAAGAAGUUCAUUGUCAACUUCAAAUGGUCUCCACAGCCAGAGAAUGAAGCAAAGAGAGCCAGCCAUGAUGAUGAAGAGGAAACUGAUACCUCAGAUGUUACAACUGAGAGACUGUUACCUUUGGUAAAAAAGCUUGACACCCCUUCAGAUACAAAAUCCAUUGAUCACCUGAGUCCAGACCCUCUGAGGAGUGACUGCAUUGAGCCAAGUCCAACAGAGGAAUCAGUGUCAGCAUAUGACAUGACCACUUCCCUCAUGAGCACUUCAUCUGACAUUGUGGACACUCCCCAUGAUGAAAAUCUGCCAGAACUGGAGGUUGACUCAACAAAGAACAUUAACUAUGAUAGAAAUGUGGCGGAUAGCAGGAUGUCCCGCGCAUACAUGAAGAGCUCCAUUGGAUCUAUUAUUCACAGCAAAGAACAGACUCAGCUGCCUGCAAGAGAUAGACUCCCUGUGCACCCAGACUUCUCUAAUGUUUGCAACCAAAUGGAAGCAUCUGCCAUCAAGAAGAAAGUCUUGGAGGAAGAGUUUGGCAUCGUUAGUACAGAGUUGGUCGGAGCUCAGGGUUUGUUGCAUUCUAGUGGCAAUGAAACGGUUACCAGAGAGUUGGUUAGUGAAUUGCAAGUGGACAAUGGAAAUCUCACAGCCGCAGAGAUUCGCCAGAGGGUCCUGAAUGAAGAGUAUGGCAUCAGAGUGCGAGACACGCAGAGGCCAGGGGAUGGCAAUGCUAAUUUUGUCCUAACGCAAACAACUGGUGACAAAUUAAAGGAUGGUGACGAAAAUGGCAAUACAGGUUCAGAUGAUGUAAAUGCAAAUGUGGAUCAAGGAUAUACUUCAGAAAUAGUCACAGUUCAGGGAGAUGCAAAUGCCAAUAGUCAAGAGGCAUCUGCAGUGGCUUCUACUGCCACUGUUGACUCUGGUCAAGGAUGUAUACCUCAGGAGAAAACCAUUAUGGGAAGUGAAGAUGAAAGCAAUGGUAAUGUUCCUAAUCUUAAUGAAGCAUUCACUAGAUAUCGUGAAACGUGUGCAGAGGCAGCAGCCAUCAAACGUAAGGUUCUCAGUGAGGAAUUUCAGUCUAGCACCACAAACAGGAACACAAUGAAUCUUUUGAAAUCCAAAGCUGUAACAUCAUCUGCAGCAAUGGAAAACAAAAAGCGUGUCCUGGAUUCAGAAUAUGGCAUUGGCAGAGAAAGCAUGAGCAGAAACUCGAGAGCAGCAAUAGCCUACGAGCGACAGGUUUCGGGAACCAGCACAGCUAGUUACAAAUCCUGCCUGUCCUAUGAUAGACAGACCUCUGGCUCAACUGCCUUCACUACACCUGAUGAAGAAAGGCCAGUCCUAAUAGACCAGGCACCAGCCGUGUCGCCAACCUCCCCCCACACUGACACCACCAUGGAGGAUGACCUCUUGUCCGCAAGGAGGCUCUCGGUCGUGCCAAAGGUCCAGCCGUACAGCGUGGAGUAUCUGAAGCUUAUGGAGUUCUUGGUAUAUGCACCAGCCGUGUCGCCAACCUCCCCCCACACUGACACCACCAUGGAGGAUGACCUCUUGUCCGCAAGGAGGCUCUCGGUCGUGCCAAAGGUCCAGCCGUACAGCGUGGAGUAUCUGAAGCUUAUGGGCACCAGCCGUGUCGCCAACCUCCCCCCACACUGA